AUGGAGCCAACAGCGAAGAUCCUACCCCAGCAGGGGAAAAGGAACAUCCUCAUCACAAGUGCCUUGCCCUAUGUGAACAACGUCCCGCAUCUUGGUAACAUUGUUGGCUCCGUUUUGAGUGCCGAUGUGUUUUCGAGGUAUAAUAAAGCAUGCGGCAGACCAACGCUUUACGUCUGUGGAACGGACGAGUACGGCACCGCGACCGAAACCAAGGCUUUGGAAGAAGGCGUCACCCCCGAGGAGCUCUGCUCUAAGUAUAACAAAAUACACCAGGAAGUCUAUUCGUGGUUCAAUAUAGGAUUCGACAUAUUUGGUCGCACGCCAACAAAAGCCCACACUGAGAUAUCCCAAAGUAUCUUCAAAAGACUCUAUGAACAUGGAUAUCUAGAAGAGAAAACCACGGAACAACCCUUUUGUGAAAAGCAUGACUCAUUCCUUGCCGACCGUUUUGUAGAGGGUGAAUGCCCUCGCUGCCACUAUGAUGACGCUCGAGGCGACCAAUGCGACAAGUGCCAGCACCUGCUUGAUCCCUUUGAUCUGAUAAACCCACGCUGCAAGGUCGAUGGCGCUACCCCGAUUCGUCGAAAGACGAAGCAUAUCUUUCUCCUUCUAGACAAGCUCCAGCCUGAAAUUGAGAAUUGGGUAGCCACUGCGUUUGAAAAGGGAGACUGGCCAAAGAAUAGCCGUGUUAUCACUGGGUCGUGGCUAAAGGAAGGCCUUCAACCUCGCGGGAUCACACGAGAUUUGAAAUGGGGCGUGCCCGUGCCACUAGAUGGAUUUGAGAGGAAGGUUCUAUACGUUUGGUUUGAGGCUUGUAUUGGAUACCCUUCUAUCACUGCCAACUAUACCUCUGAAUGGGAGAAAUGGUGGAGGAACCCAGAAGAUGUCCAGUUGUACCAGUUUCUCGGGAAGGAUAACGUGCCAUUCCAUGCUGUUAUAUUCCCAGGAUGUCAGCUGGGUACUAAGGACAAGUGGACGAUGCUACACCAUCUAAGUACAACUGAAUAUCUCAACUAUGAAGGCGGAAAAUUCAGCAAAUCUCGUGGGAUUGGAGUUUUCGGCAAUAAUGCAAAGGAAACAGGAGUCUCAUCAGAUGUGUGGAGAUACUACCUACUUAAGAAUCGCCCAGAAACCGGAGAUACACAAUUUGAAUGGAAGUCUUUUAUCGACAGUAAUAACGGAGAGUUACUUGCGAAACUUGGUAACCUGGUUAACCGAGUUGUUAAGCUGGUUGCUAGUCCAAAGGCAUACAGCUCGGUUAUCCCGGAAUUCACUGUCUCUGAGCCUUUCUACCCAGCUCUUGAGGAAGUAACCAGCCUUCUACGCCAAUACAUCAAUGAAAUGGAAGGGGUUCACUUGCGUGCUGGCAUUGUUACAGCCAUGAAGAUCGCCGAGGCAGGAAAUGGCCUAAUCCAGGCUAAUAAGCUUGAUAAUUCGCUUAUUGCGAAUGAACCGGAACGUGCCGCAGCGGUAGUUGGCAUUGUGGUGAAUUUGAUUCAUCUUUGUUCGAGCGUAUUCUGUCCAUAUCUCCCUGCGACUUCCGCUUCUAUCCUUGACCAGUUGAACGCCCCGGCUGGUCUAAUACCAAGCCUCGAUGACAUCAAAGAUGGGUGGAAGCCUACAGCUAUCAAGCCUGGCCACCGCGUCGGUAAGGCGAAGUACCUUUUCAGCAACAUCGAUGUCAAAAAGGCCGACGAGUGGAGGGAAAUGUUUGGCGGGUCUCAAGCUGAGCGACAGAAAAAGGAGGAAGAGAAAGCAAAGCAGGCGGCAAAGAAGGCGGCAAAGACCAAGAAGAAGCAGCAGAAAUCCAAAACUAACGAAGCUACCAGCAGUGAAGGCCCUGUAGAGGCGUCAGCCAAGGAUGGAGCGGGUGCUGUAGCAGCUUCAAUUGGCGACAAGGCCGUGGAGGAGGUUGCUGAGGGUGUUUCUCAGGUGACAUUACCAACGUCCUGA